AGCACAUCGUUCAUUAUCAUACUAAAAGACCUUCUUGUUUUCUUCAUCACUGGGUCCAAACCCUCUCUCUCUCUCUCUCUCUCUCUCUCUCUCUCUCUCUCUCUCUUACUCUGUCUCUGUGUCUGGUUUUUCUUCCAUGGCUGGUCUUCUUCUUCAAUUCCUUCUUCUUGUUCCUGUUUUCUUAUGUGUUCAAGCUCAAAGCUCUUAUAACCUUGCAGAUUCUUUACUUCUUCCUGUAACCAAACAUGGUGCUUCUCUCCAGUACUUAACCAAAAUCCACCAUGGAAAUGGACUCGUACCCACUGAGCUUGUGCUUGAUCUCGGCGGUCCUUUCCUCUGGAUGGAUUCUGUAUCUUCAUCUGGCAGUCUGAUAUCUUCUGGCUCCAUCCAAUGCUUAGCGGCGAAGUCAAUGUUUGGUGAUGAUGACCAUGGAAGAAGCAAAAGUUUCUUGGAAAUCUGUAAAAUUUUCCCAGAAAACAGGAUUACUCAGAUGGGAAAUCAAGGAGAGCUCGUGGAUGACACUUUUUUCAUUCAGUCAAAGUCUUCCGGGUCAGUGAUCUCUGUUUCACAAAGCUUUCUGUUUGGUUCUGCACCCAUUUCCCUCUUAAAUGGCCUAGCGACUGGUGCUCAAGGUAUGCUGGGCCUCGGAAGGCAUCGAAUUUCUCUGCCUUCACAGAUCUCUGCAGCUUUUGAUUCCAAAUGGCAGUUCUCACUUUGCUUGUCUUCCUCUAAUGGUAUUCUUGUAUUCGAGAACCGACUCUCAAAAUCAUAUUUUGGGCCUGAACUUUCACAGUCUCUAAUCUACACACCACUCCUCAAAACCCAAUUGGCAGAUACAUCCAACCAUGAAUAUUUCAUCAAUUUGCAGUCCAUCAGAAUCAAUGGCAAAACUCUGUCACUUGAAAAGGGUCUAGGAGGGAGUAAGCUAAGCACAAUUGUUCCUUAUACUACCAUGGAGAGCUCAAUUUUUGCCGUAUUUUCUAAAGCCUAUGAGAAAGCUGCUAUGGCUAUGAACAUGAAAAAGGUCAAAUCCGUGGCUCCUUUUGGAUUAUGUUUUAGCUCAGAAGGGAUUCAAGAAACUCUGCUUGGUCCAGAAGUGCCUGCUAUUGAUCUGGUAUUGCAGAGCAAGAUGGUGAAAUGGAGAAUAUAUGGUAGGAAUUCAAUGGUGAUGGUUAGCAAUGAAAUAAUGUGUUUGGGAUUCUUAGAUGGAGGUUCAGACUUGAAAAGCUCAAUCACACUUGGGGGUUAUCAAUUGGAGGAUAUACUUCUACACCUUGAUGUGGGUGCUUCUAUGCUUGGGUUUAGUCCUUCCCUGUUACUGAAGCAAAGAAGCUGUUCUGACUUUGAAUUGGUAACUAUGUCUAAAGAAUCAUUGUAGCAAAAGAAUUUUUUUUUCCCCUCUUCUUAUUCCGAGGCCUUGUUUUCUAGGUUUCUUUUUUUUUUUUUUUUUUUUUUUUUUUUUUUUUUUCCAAAAGGCCAAUGAGCAUGUAGCUCAGUUUUUGAGAACUAGAUUUAGAUAGUAGUUUUAAGAUCUAUAUGCUGAAGUAAUAUAUGAAAAGGAAAUUUAUGUAUGAUGUUUGCAAAGGAAUGUAUUGAAUGAAAAGCAAGUUGUUCUUAGUCCAA